GAUGUUGACGUGCCUAGCGCCAGCUGUCAGUGGAAGCUAGCUGCUACAUUACCCAGCGCGUUCUUUUGCGAUUUUUAGUCCAUCUUUUUUCAUCUCUACUGACCCCCAAGCACACGAUUUAAAGUACUCUUGAUGGCAAUUAUGUGCAAAUUAUUUUUUUGUAUAUUCUAGUGUUUUUUCCUGGAACUUUGCUCAGAUUUGUGAUAGCAGUAGCUGGCUAGCUUGUUGUUAGCUGCGGGUAGAAAUCUGGUGCAGACAGGUUUUGCAUUGCUUGCACAGCUCUUCGAAUUUGGAAGUCAUUGUUCACGGACGGAACAGUUGUUUUGUAUAUUUAAGGACUCAAAAGACCAUGCGGCUUGAUUACGCAUCUUACAGUUUACAGCGAAUAAUUAUUGCAUCGAAUAAUGCUUUUGCAGCAUUAUGAAUUUAAAUUUGUAAUAUUUGGUUCGUGCCAAAUAUUGAGUGUUCAUGUCAUCUGAAUGCGUUUAACUCUGAAAUUUAUUAGUAUAAUACGCUGAAAAAAGUAAUUCCCAUUCUGUAUUCAUUACCAAAAACCUAAUAUUCGUUACAGUCUAUCAUCCAACAUGGAUAAGAAAUCAUUUGACAUCGUCUUGGAUGAAAUAAAAAAGUGCGUCCUAACUGAUCAGCGGAUCAAAGCCAUAGAGCAGGUGCAUGGGUAUUUCUCGAGUGAGCAGGUGAUUGAGAUACUGAAGUACUUCUCUUGGGCAGAACCUCAGAUCAAAGCAGUUAAAGCUCUGCAGCAUAAAAUGGUCGCUAUCCCUACAACCAAAGUGGCAAACAUCUUGAAUUGCUUCACCUUCUCAAAGGACAGACUGGUUGUUCUUGAACUCAUAGCACUCAACAUUUCAGAUGCCCAAAAUUACCGCCCUGUGGAGGAUCUAUUUCGAAUCCAUUUGUCUGAGAAGAAGCGGGCCCGCAGGAUACUGGAGCAGGUGUGUAAGGUUGGCUGCAAGGCUCCUGUAGCCAUGAUCUCCUCCUGUGGUAUGAUACCUGGAAAUCCCUAUCCUAAAGGCAGACCGAGCCUGGUCACUGGCACAUUCCCUGGUAUCCCUCCAGUAAAGAAAGAAGGAGAGAAGAAAGAUGAUUCCUCAAACAGUAUGGAAGGAAAAGGAAUCGCUUCUCGAAUCCUUGGACCAUUUAAACCUUUUCCAUCAACCUACAACCCUCAUCGGCCUGUUCCCUACCCAAUCCCACCAUGUCGACCUCAUGCUACCAUCGCACCAAGUGCAUUCAACAACGCAGGCCUUGUUUCUAUGGGAGGGGUUAUAACAGCCAACGUGGCCCCUCCCCCCUACAACAGUACCCACAAAGUAGCAGGUUACGCCAAACCAGGCAAUCCACAAAACACAACACCUGGAGUCAACAGUGGGCCCCUCCUCAUCCCUCAUGGGUCCACGCCUUCAACCCCUGCCCCAUCUCAGCUGCCUCCCACAACCCCCAUCACUCCGGUUUUCCCUGGCAUGGUGCCCUCGCAUAACCCUAAUGCGCCCUCUCCCUCCCCAGCACCAUCCCCAUCUGUCAUUAAAGCUGGGCCACAGACCCCCACUGGUCAUGCUACGCCUUCACCCUCUACUGUCAUUAAAGCCCACACCCCCUCAGGCACCCCAUGUGGAACUCCAGUGCCCAACAGUGGAGGGUUUUCCUCUUCCCCCUUCCAUGCAGUUUCCCGACCAAGCACUCCUGCUAACUCUCGCGGCAGCCAAGACCACUUAUCACAGACAAACUCCAUGGGCUCAACUCAGCAGAAGGUUUUCCCCCAGGCAAUGGAGCACCAGUCAGCACACACCUUCCAUGGCAUACCCCAGCAAUCAGGUAACCCCACUGGAUCAGUGAUCAGAAGUUACACUCCCUCAGGACCACAAUCUCUCAUUCCUGGAUCUUCCACUCCUGUAAUCCCAGCCUCUUCCACCCCAGGCCUCAGUCACAAACCCUCCCCAUCACACUCGGCACAGACCCCCAUGGGGCUCGCAGGAGUCCUUCAAGUCGAACAGCAGCGUGCAGCCUUGAACAGACACCCUGGAGGCAGUAGCAGUGGCAGUAACAGCCCUGUGCCCUCUGCUUUCAAAGGCACCUCUCGCUCUGGAACCCCCUCUGUCAGCUCUUUGGUGGUGGGUUCAGCUCAGGCUGCUCUGGCACGUUCCUUGGGUCUGUCGCAGCCCUCGGGGUCUCCUCAAGUCUCUCUCCCUAGUCCUGUUGCCAUCGCCGGACUCCAAGGUCUGUCCUCCAGUCCAGCACCCUCUCAUUAUCCCGGCCUGCCCUCUUUUCCUUCCCUUUCUUCCUCGCUCCCUCCUUCUUCCAUUCCUUCAUCGCUGCCAGCAAUGCCCCCCACUUCCAACAUUUCUACACACCCUCCAACGUCCAUCUACCCAGGCCUUGCUCCUAACGCCACCCCCAGUGCCGCCUCCCCUUUUGGUCUAGGCCUCACCUCUGCCCCCUCUAUAUUCCCAGGCCUCCCACCUGGCCCAAGCCCUGCAGGCUUCCCAGGGUUGGGGGUUUCAGGAGGGCCUGGUUCUGGGAGCCCUGUGUUAUCUUCUUUCAUGGGACUGGCAGGGGCCACUCCAUCCUCUGUGGCACCGGUCGCACCACUGCAGGCGGCAGCAGCAGCUGCAGCAGUAGCAGCCGGGGUGCCAUCAUCAUCACCUGUUUUACCAGGCUUUGCAUCUGCCUUCAGCUCCAACUUCCAGCCUGGAUUGAGCAGUGGUCUCCAGCCUCCAGGGAGCAGUGGUUUCCCAGGUCUGCUGCCUUUCCCUGGGGUUCCGGGCUUCUCUCCCUCUGCCUCUCCAGCUAGCCUUGGGGGCCUUCACAACCCAGCCAUGCCCUCUGCUCUGCUCCAGGCUCAUCCCACAUCUGCUUUGGAAAACUUUCCUCCUCAGCCAAACAGUUUCACCAACUACCCUCCAGGCCCAGGAAACCCCUUUCCCCUACAACCUGGACUGCAUCCCCAGUUGGGCUGGCAAUGAAACUGUCAUACAAUUUGAACCACAGUGUACACUUGCAUGGUUUAGCCCCACCUCCCACUAAUGAACACAUUUCUUUCUUUAUUUUUUGCCCUAAAACCCUGGUAGGACAGGGAAUAGAAGAGUUUCAGUACGAUGUUUCUUAUGGUCAAAAUGACAAUAACAAACACUACAGUAACAAACUGUAUAUGCAGGACAUUAUGAAGAAGUUGUCAUGGCUGUUGUUGUAAAUAUCAAUCAUUGAUUUUGCCAGCAACAUUUUACAUGUAGACUGUGCUUAGAUUUAAAGUAGGUCGACAGUUUUAUUACUAUUAUCAAUGUUUAUUAGUGAAUAAUGAAUUCUAGAGUUUUUUUAAAAUGUACAUGAUAUCAUGUAUUGAACUGACAGUAUCCCUAUGUAGUAGAGCUGUCUCAGAGGGAAGGCCAUUCUUAGGAUAUCAAUUGGUGUUAAAUCUCUUAUUGUAUUAUGUCAUGAACUUAAAAUUUUCAUUGUGGCAAAUUGAGUGGUGUGGGUAAAAAUGGAAAAGUCUUAUAUCUUUUCAUAUUUAUGCUGUGUGUCAGCAGUUCCCCACAUUUCCCAUGGACAUUAUACUGGUGGCUGUCAGCAGUUUACUGUGACGUUUAUGUUUACAAUAUUCUUUUGAAAGAUGUGACCGAGUACCAUAGUUACAAUGUUUAGCUUUUACAUUUGCAGAUAUUUGUGAGAACAUAUGUUACCUGAAAUGUUGACAUGAUGAAAAAUUACUGUAUUCUUUAGUAAAGCUUUGCGGUAUAUCAGAAUUUGUAAUUUUAAUGUGAUUUUACAUCGUACACUGUAUGCUUCAACAAAGUCUCUUACUGAGGAGGUUAUGCUUUUUUAUUUAAUGCUGGUUACACUCUGGUAUUUUGGCCUGUUUUUUUUUAAUUAUUAUUAUUUUCACCUUUAUUUUUUUCAGUAAACUGCUUGCAGUUACA